GGUCACAUCAGAUGAGAAUGGCCUUGUCAAAAUAGGAGGAAAAGGUGAACAAGUUUCAGUCAUGAAAUGAAAAGACAUCAUUGGAUUUUGAGAAACGAUGUGCUUUGAAUUUGAGGCCCGACAAUUUAUCUGCCUCGCGGCGGCCGUUGAUUUGAAUUUGGAGGCGAGGGUAAACAAACAUAGGCGAAUAAACUGCAGCCCGGGACAUCGUUGUUGCAAUCCAUAAGCGGACUGAGCUGAUCAUGGCAAGUUGCACUGGCAUGUGCGAUUUUCAGGAUAUUCAGCAUCAAUCCAGUAUGCGGGAAGAUAAAAUGCAAAUCAUGAGGCCCAAAAGUCACAUAAUUCUCCAGCACUCGUCACAAAAAGACACACUUGUCCUGAGGAGGAGCAGCUGAUUCACGUCCCAACGUUCCGCGGUUCAAAUCGAGGAGCGGGUGAACGGGUAAAAUUAAUGUCAAUGACGGCCAUUUUAAUUCGCAAGUCCACCUUCUGAAAUCACUCGAUCAAAAAGCUCGCAGCUGUUCCUUAUUCGUAGGGGGAUUCAAUUCACCGUCCGUCUACUCCUCUAAACAGACAAUUCCACCAGCACGCACGCGCACAGAGACAGAGCGCGAGGGACGAGCGACGGCCGAUGGUGGUCUUGACUUACCACGUCAGCUUGGCGGUCCACGUUUUCUUGUAACAGACCUCAAGGAGUCGAGAGCGAGAACGAGAGCCUGCGUGCGAGCGAGCGAGCCAGAGCGGUAGAGAGAGGAAGCGAAGCGCGUCUGCAUCGGCAUGGAGCACAGACUGGUAGUCCCGAAUUUAGAUAUGGCCAAGAAGCAUGUCUAGGUCUCGUCAGCACCGAGUCUCUUCUCGCUUAUCAACACAGCGUAGCGUCGGGAAGGUCUCGACCUGUAGGUAGUGAGUGUCACGGCGGACCAGCAUCGUAUCUGCAUUAGUGGCGUCCGGCAACACGGGCAAGGCCGUGGCGUUGCUCCUGAUUCUCGUAUGUUGGACGAGCGACGGGGUGAAGCGGCGCGAAUUUUCAACAGCUCUGGCUCUCUAUAAGUCAACUCGGGAGUCAUGACCUCGAUGACGAAGGAACCAGCAAAAAAGCUGUCCGAUCUUCUGGUGGCUUCCCCAAACAAGCGCAAGAACAAGGACAAGGAGAAGGACAAACCGCGGAAGAAAGCAGAGCACAGACUGGAGAAGGAUGAUUAUGUUCGUACUGUCAUCGUUCCACAACCUCCUGGAAGAAUUCCGAAGGCAGUUAGUAAACCCAAGCGGACUAUUGUGUAUGCGAGUUCUUCCGAGGAGGAAGAUGACGAACCCCCUGUUAUAAGGAAGGUGGAGAGCAAAAAAGUUGUGAUCGGGGAUGGAGGUGCUAAAUCCAAAAGAGGAAGGGAAUCCCAUAAUGAGAAACUUUUGGCCAAACCAGUCGCUCGCAAGAAAACAAGUAGGGCUGAUAAGCCACCCCCGCCUCCACCUGAAAGCAGGUGCAAGAGGUCAGAUGGUAAGCAGUGGCAGUGUUCUGCUUGGGCCUUGGAUGGACUGUCUUAUUGUGAGAAGCACUAUGCUUACAUCAAAAGUCGGUCCAAUAAAAAAGUUGCUGGAGUCCAGACUGCAAGCAGUAGAGUCCAAUCUGCCUCAAUCAAUAAAUUUCAACCUGCAUCAUCGAAGGUUCAUUCCGCUGCUCCGAAGCACCCUAUUGCCCAACCCAAAUCUCUACCUUCUUCAAAACUUUCCAGCCAAAAGAGGAAGCGUAUUGAGGAAGAAAAAGCAGAGGUCAAAGAUUUGAAAGAGAAGAUUUAUAGAGAGAAGACUAACAAAGCUCCAAAAAUUCGAUCAUCCCAUUCCCCUCGGAAGUUAUCAGGAGGAGAAUGGCCUAUUGUGAGUAAUGGAGAUGCCCUGAAUGGUGAGAGGUUUAAAAAAGCCUCUUUCAUCAAUGGCAAAGAGAUGCGAAAUUUUGGAGGUGGAGAUUAUUUGGAGAGGAACUAUAGCGGAGAUUUUUCACCAAAAGGUAUGGAGCAGAGUAGGAUGUGUCAUCAAUGCCAGCGGAACGAUAAGGGAGCCGUAGUACGCUGUACCAAGUGUGAAAGAAAGCGGUAUUGCACCCUCUGCAUUGCAAAGUGGUAUCCCGACUUAACAGAGGACGACUUCGAAACAAACUGUCCUUUCUGCAGAGGAAACUGUAACUGCAAAGCGUGUCUGCGUUCAGCUGGUCCAAUAGAGGAUGAGAUUGAGAAGAGCGAGUCAGAAAGAAUAAAGCUUUCGAAAUACAUGCUCACUAAGGUCUUGCCGUACCUUAAUCAGUUGCAAGAGGAGCAGCACAAGGAAUUGGAGAUUGAAAGCAAACUUCGAGGCAAAGUUGUUGAGAAGGCAGAACGAGCGGGGAUUGAUCUUGAUGAACGCCUAUUUUGUGACAACUGCAGCACCUCGAUCGUAGAUUUUUUCCGAACUUGCCCUGGCUGCAGUUAUGAUCUGUGCCUGACUUGCUGCAAUGAGCUGCGCGAUGGUAGGCAGCCGGGAGGAGAAAUGGCUGUGUCAUCCAAGAAGCAAACAGCAGAAAGAGCGGAUAGAGAAGUUACUGAGAAGGACAGCUUUCCAGAUUGGAAAGCUAAUGCAGAUGGCAGUAUCUGCUGUCCUCCCAAGGAACGAGGUGGGUGUGGAUUAUCAUCCCCGCUGAAGCUGAACACACUGUUCGAACCUCAGUGGUUGUCCAAACUGGUGGCAGAUGCACAACAUAUUGUACGUAGUUCUGAUCAACCUGCCACUCCCGGGGAGGAAAACAAAACUUGCGAUUUUUGUGAUGAGGGGAAUAUAGAAAGCUCUUCGGAUGGUGGAACAAACGUGGAAGAGCGCCCAAGUCAACGUUUGGCCGCCCAGAGACCAACUGGCAGAGACAACUACAUCUACUGUCCAACAAUUAUGGAGGUCAAGGAGGAAGGAUUGGAGCACUUCCAAAGGCAUUGGAAACUCGGUGAGCCUGUCAUCGUACGGGAUGUACUCCAGUGUGCUACAGGUCUGAGUUGGGAGCCCAUGGUCAUGUGGAGAGCUUUCAGAGAAACCACUAAGGGCAGGUUCCAAGAUGAGAACAAAUCUGUAAAGGCCCUUGAUUGUUUGGAUUGGUGUGAGGUUGAGAUCAAUAUUCACCAGUUCUUCAGGGGAUACUCCGAAGGCAGGAUGCAUAGAAACCAGUGGCCGGAAAUGCUCAAAUUGAAAGAUUGGCCCCCCUCCAACUACUUCCAUGAACGUCUGCCUCGACAUGGAGUUGAAUUUAUAAGAGCUCUUCCAUUUCAGGAGUAUACUCACCCUAAAGGUGGACUGCUCAACUUGGCAAGCAAGCUGCCACCAGCUGCUCUGAAACCUGACCUGGGGCCGAAGACAUACAUUGCCUAUGGCACCAGACAAGAGCUCGGCAAGGGAGAUUCCGUGACAAAGUUGCACUGUGACAUGUCUGAUGCGGUCAAUGUCCUUACUCAUACAUCAGAAGUGAAACUCACGAGAAAGCAGGAAAACAUGAUCAAAGCUUUACGUGAGAGGGAGCAAAGAGGUCACGACAAACAGCUUCGAACACCAGCAGUUUGUGAAGUAGACUCAGGUUCUGCGGAGAUACCUGUACCCAAAGACUCAGAGACAGAAGAGUCACCUCUAAUCAAGGAUUCAGAGUCAGCAGAAAUGCCUAUGCCUAAGGAGUCUGGGACACGGGAUGUGUCUGUACCCAAGGACUCAGAGAUGAUCUCUCGCUCAGCAUCUCCAGACUCAGGUUCUCCAUCCCAUUGUGAACAGAAAGAGACUGAAAGAAGUUAUGAAGAUGGGGAAGAGCAGCUUGACGCACGGAAGGAGGAUGUGAAACAGGAACCCUCCCCUGAGUCUCCUCCAUAUGGUGGUGCUCUGUGGGAUAUUUUCAGGCGGGAAGAUGUUCCGAAACUGGAAGAAUAUGUAAGAAAGCAUCGAGAGGAGUUCAGGCAUCAUGGGAACAGACCUGUACCUCGGGUUCAACACCCUAUCCAUGACCAAACAUUUUACUUGGAUGAACAACACAAGAAGCAGUUGAAGGAGGAGUAUCAAAUCGAGGCGUGGACCUUUGAACAGCAUUAUGGAGAGGCGGUUUUUAUUCCGGCUGGAUGCCCUCAUCAAGUUAGGAACUUGAAGUCUUGUAUCAAGGUCGCUCUGGACUUCGUUUCACCUGAGAAUAUCCAAGAGUGUAUCGCUCUGACUGAGGAAUUCCGCCUGCUUCCUAAAGAUCAUCGUGCGAAAGAGGACAAGCUUGAGGUCAAAAAGAUGGUGUUACAUGCUUCUAAAGAAGCUUGUCGGGAGAUCAAGGACUACAAUCUGAAACAAAGCCUAAGAAGUGAGACAGAGGUGACCAGGGAGAUACAGCAUUCUACAAAUGGACUUGCCUCCGAGGAGGUUGGAUCUUGAUUAGGGACCAAGAUAGUGACUUGAAGAAGAGAUCUGCAUCAGUUCAUGACAUGAAAGUAGCAGAACUAUCGGACGAGGAGGCAGACGGAGGGGAAGAUGUGGAUAUGUACGAGUCUGACAGAGAGGAGAAUAUUGUGUACCAUGAUGUGCCGGUGGGGUUAGCUGAAUCGUAAACUUUGUCAACUAAUCGAGAAGCUGUGUAGAGAACUGUCUUCAGACAGUGGGACCAUGGAACUUGUUAAAUGUGGGCUCGUGUAUGCAGCAUGGAACCAUUCAGGAGGAUGAUGCUGCUGUAUUUUCUUCUUCCUGUUUUUUUUAAAAAAUGUUUUUUACGUGAGUUUCUUCCUAAACCUUGGGAUAAGUCGUUAUGAUAAUGCUUGAAGCGCAGAUACACUUAUCUGAACUGGAAGCAUGGUGGGAAUUAGUUCCAUAAACAUCGGAUGGUAAACCUUGUUCUUCAGAACAGGCUACUCUCUAUGGACAGGAAAGCCUUAUAGGACGUCUUUUGUGAAGGCCACACAAGAGAUUUGUUUUCUUCCUUAUAAGGCCUUUCUGGAACCUUGGAAGAAUGUUUCCAUUUGUACAGAGAAUUGGAGAAUGCUAUCACUUUAUUACUGUGUC